AUGUUUACCUGCCGCCUGCCUUGGUGGAGCUCCAGUGCUGCCUGCAAGCCGUGGCAGCCCCGUCGCUUUCUGCCUCACUGCUGGGAGAGGUGCCAACCACCAAGCCUUAAAGGAAUCCACACAACCACGAGGCAGAAGCAACAGGUCAGCGAGAAGGAGAAACGAGUGUUAGAAGAUCUGGAAAUACCCUUUGCAAGGAGAGAAAUGGAGACCCUCUUCCAAGAGCAGCCUGAGACUGGGAACCAGUAUUUGGAAGAUGCUUUGCUUCGGAGUUACUUGAAAACACACCUUCCUCCCAAGGUGCUGGAGGAGGUGAAUGAGGACCUGGAGAGGUUUGGACGGCGCCUGCUCAGCCAGGUGAAAGCUCUGGGCGGGGAGUGCGAGCGGAGCCCGCCCCUGCUCCGGCAGUACGGGGCCUGGGGGCGGCGGGUGGAUCACAUCCUCACCUGCCCCGCCUGGAGGAGGAUGAAGGAGAUUGCUGCAGAAGAGGGGCUGGUCGCCGAGGCUUACGAGAGAAGAUUCUCCAACUGGAGCCGUCUGCAUCAGGCUGUCAAAGUGUACUUAUUCUCAAGCUUCUCUGGAGGGUUCAGCUGUCCACUGGCCAUGACUGAUGGGGCAGCCAAAGUCAUUGAGUCACUAGGUAUUCCUGGAUCUCUGAAAAAGGCUUUUGACCAUCUGACAGCCCGUGAUCCCCAGAGGUUCUGGACCUCUGGGCAGUGGAUGACCGAGCGCAGGGGAGGCUCCGACGUCGGGAAUGGCACCCAGACUGUGGCCAGGAAGCAGCCUGAUGGCACCUAUCGACUCUAUGGUUUGAAGUGGUUCACCUCAGCUGCUGACUCUGAUGUGGCAUUCACCCUGGCCAGGGUAGUGGAUGCUGAAGGAGAAGUGAAAGAGGGUUCCAGUGGCCUGUCCCUGUUCUUCCUGAAGGUUCGAGAUGAGGAGGGGAACCUGAACAGCAUCCAAGUGCAGAGGCUGAAGGACAAGCUGGGCACACGGCAGAUGGCAACAGCAGAGCUGUGGCUGGAUGGAGCUAAAGCAGAGCUAGUCUCCAGGGAGGGCCGUGGGGUGGCCUCCAUCUCCAGCAUGCUGAACAUAACUCGGAUCCACAACGUCAUCGGCGCAGUGGCUUCCAUGAGAAGGAUGAUCAGUCUGAGCAGGGACUACGCCCGCAGGCGGGUUGCCUUUGGGAAGCUCCUCAAGGAUCACCCCCUCCACAUGCAGACAAUAGCCCGGAUGGAGGUGGAGGCACGAGGGGCAUUUCUUCUGCUCAUGGAGAUCGUUCGUCUGCUAGGACUUGUGGAAACCAGCCAGGCCAGUGAGCAGGACCAGCUUCUCUUGAGGCUGCUGAUCCCAGUCGCCAAGCUGUAUACUGGGAAGCAGGCUUCUGCUGUUGUGGUUGAGGCAAUGGAGAGUUUUGGAGGACAAGGUUACAUGGAGGAUACGGGCCUGCCCGUCAUAGUCCGCGAUGCUCUGGUGCUCUCCAUAUGGGAGGGAACAACAAACAUCCUGUCGCUGGACGUCCUGCGGUGCCUCUCCAAGAGCCAGGGCCAGGUGCUGGCUGCCUUCCUCUCCACAGUGCAGAAGAAACUGGAGCUGGCGUCGAGCACUGCGGAGCUGGAACCCGCCGUGAAGGCAACGGGAGAUGCCCUCAGCAGCCUCUCCUGGUUCUCACACGUGGCCGGGUCACGGGGGACACUGACCAUGGAGCUCUCAGCAAGAGACUUCUCCUACACCCUAGCGAGGACCUAUGCAGGUACUCUUUUAAUUGAACACGCAGCUCGGCCUGACGCUUCCUCCGCAGACAUUUCUGCUGCUCAAAGGUGGUGCAGGCAGGAGCUGUGCCCCGUGGCCGCGGGGCUGCAGAGCGGCAGAGCGGCAGCUACGAGGCGGAGGCGGCUCUCCGGGACAGUAAAGAUGGAGCGAUGGAACCCAGACAGCGACCUGGAGCAGCAGCUCUUCAAGUGCCAGCUGCUGUUCCUUUCAGAGAAAACUUAG